AUGCAGCAAUUUCCGGACGCGCACCACUUGAUGAUCACUGGGGGAAGCUUCUGUCAAACACAGAAUGUCUACCGAGGGAGAGAUACCGGUCUACACAUACUCGAGAAAUACAUAGCUGCAGACGCGAUAUUCGACUCGGCGGAACGGUUUCCACCAGCUCAGUGCCACCCGGGCACUCGUAAGAGGAUUAUUGACACUAUUAUGGAAUGGAUCGACGACCCGAGUCCUGAAAAACAGACCCUAUGGCUCCAUGGUCCUGCAGGCGCUGGAAAAUCUGCGAUUGGACACACAAUCGCCACGAUGCUGAAGGACCAACCUAUCAGUCGAAAAUACGGCUCUAGUUUUUUCUUUGCAAAAGGCGCUCCUGGACGUGGCGACGGGAAUAAGUUGUUUGCUACCAUCGCAUACGAGCUCGCGAUGAAUUUUACUGAGUACCGUGAGGCUCUUGACGCUGUUAUGCAGGAGAGCCUCUCAAAAAGGGUACACCGUUGGCCAUCCCAUCACCCGACGAUUAUUAUUGACGGACUGGACGAGUGCGCUGGGGGAAAGUGCAUUCAAAGCGCCAUUCUUUCCACCAUAUCCAAUGCAAUUAUCCAACACAGCAUUCCACUGCGAUUCUUGAUUAUCAGCCGUCCUGAGUACUGGAUCUUCGAUGCGUUUGAGAUUGGGUGUUUGAGUUCUGUUGUCAAAUGUCUUUCCCUCAAUGAUGACCUCGAUGCCUAUGACGGAGUCAAAUCCUAUCUACGCGAUGAAUUUAAUAGGAUCUACGACGAAAACAUUAAAUUGAUGUCUUCCACUCCUCGUCCUUGGCCUGAGGAACACAUUAUUGACCGCUUUGUCCGAUCCGCUUCAGGACAGUUCAUUUACGCCUCUACCGUCUUAAAUUUUGUUGGAGAUUCCCCCCAUUGCAAUCCCCUGGAUCAACUUCAUAUAUUGGACAUGGCGGGACCUCAUGAAGCCUCUGCAUUCACCCAGUUGGAUAGCUUAUAUGCUGCCAUUUUGUCUUCGUAUCCACGCUGGGACUCGUUGAAACGGGUUCUUACCACUAUUCUACUGAAAUGCACCAUGUCAGACGCUGUCAUGCAGCACGUUUUCGACAUCCCCCCAGCAGAACUACAUCAAAUUUUGAGAUCGAUGCAAUCCAUAAUUUACAGAAAGGAAUAUAUCUGUCCACCAAUUUUCCAAAAAUUGGAACCCAUCUUCGGUUCACCAGUUCACGAAGGAUCUGGCUAUCAUUUCAUCACCUCUCCUUUAGGGAAUUCAUAA